UCGACCCAGAACUCAAUCACAAGAUCUGCGUUUCCCCCUCCCAACUUCUUCUCCACAACCACAAGCCUCCGUCAUGUCUAUAUAACCUCUAAACUGAUAAGGAGCAUCAGUUCUUGCUUUUUUUCUGAUACACCUCCAAUGGAGAAGAAGGGACAAUGCGGAAUCUACGACUCUUUGCUUACCCAUCACCCGAUUCUCCUUAUCAUCGCCUUGUCCGUAGGGUUCAUAGUGGUUGACCCGUUUGACAUGGGUCCAGUUGGGGGUCAUGAGUUCAGACCCGUGAAGCAUGAGAUUGCUCCAUACAAGCGAGUCAUGGGGAGCUGGCCAAGAGACAACCUCAGCCGUUUGGCUCAUCAUGGGAAACUGGAGUUCGUGGAUGAGGUCUUCGGUCCUGAGUCAUUGGAGUUUGAUAGCUUAGGGCGUGGUCCUUACACUGGUUUGGCUGAUGGAAGGGUAGUCAGAUGGAUGGGUGAAGCAACCGGAUGGGAGACAUUUGCAGUUGUGACAUCAAACUGGUCAGAGAAAGCAUGUGCAAGAGGUGUAGAUUCAACGACUCACAAGCAGUGGAAGCAUGAGAAGCUGUGUGGGCGGCCACUUGGUCUGAGAUUUGAUAAGCAGACAGGAAACCUGUUCAUUGCAGAUGCUUACUAUGGUCUACUUGUGGUCGGUCCUGAAGGAGGGCUUGCAACCUCUUUGUCUAUUCAUGUUGAAGGAAAGCCUAUACUCUUUGCCAAUGACCUCGACAUCCAUAAAAAUGGCUCCAUCUUCUUCACCGACACCAGCAAGAGAUAUGAUAGAGUGAACCACUUCUUCAUAUUGUUGGAAGGAGAAGCAACAGGAAGGCUUCUAAGAUAUGAUCCACCUACCAAGACAACUCACAUUGUGUUGGAUGGUUUGGCAUUCCCCAAUGGAGUUCAAUUCUCCAGGGACCAAUCUUUCCUUCUCUACACCGAAACCACCAACUGCAGGUUGAUGAAGUACUGGCUGGAGGGUCCAAAGACGGGGGAAAUCGAAGUGGUGGUGGAUCUUCCAGGAUUUCCAGACAACGUGAGAAUGAACGAAAGGGGAGAGUUCUGGGUUGCCAUUGACUGCUGCAGAACUCCGGCGCAAGAGGUCCUCACGAACAAUCCAUGGAUGAAGAGCUUCUACUUCAGACUUCCUAUGAAGAUGAGCUUGCUGGCAAAAGUUAUGGGGAUGAGAAUGUAUACCGUUAUAUCUCUACUGGACGAGGAGGGGAAUAUCCUGGAGGUACUUGAGGAUGCACAAGGAGAAGUGAUGAAGCUUGUGAGUGAAGUGAGAGAGGUUCAAGGGAAGCUUUGGAUUGGGACAGUGGCUCAUAACCACAUUGCCACCCUGCCUUACCCUUAACGGAGAGUUUAACUUCUGAAGUGCUCUUGUAAUGAUGUAUUAUGCCCUUUUACCAUGAAAUGACUGGAAAUCUUUGUGACGUAGUGUCUUAGUUUGUGGAAA